AUGGUGGCGGAGGCACCAGUUGCGCUGUCCUCGUCACCUGCAGAGAAGAGGACUGUUGCCUUGAAGGCAUGGAGGGCGUGGCGAAAGGACAAUAAGGGCGCGUUGGAGGAGGUGCUGCAGAAUCCGGCAGGCUAUGCUCUCUACAAGGCUAUGAAGGCCUCGGCUGGAGGCACCGUUGCGGAGACCUAUCAGCAAUGGCUGCAGCAGAACGAGCACUCGAAGCGUUGGUUUGCGUGGCGUCAAGCGUGCCCCGGUCAGCUGCGGGACGUCCUCGCUGAUCCGGAGGGCUGGCAUCUUUUUUCAACCAUGAAACGCGAGAAAGGGCAGCAUGUUCCCGAGACGUACGAGGAGUGGCGCGACUUGCCAGAACACAAGGUCGUGGCGAGUCGGCGUAAGUGGUCCUCCUGGCGUCGCGCGCACCCCGGGCCGUUGGUUGCGACGCUCGCCGAUCCCGAGGGCUGGGCUCUGUACCGGCAGGUCAAAGUGUCGGACGGAAAAGAAGUCCCGGAGAAGUACGAAGAGUGGGCGGCGCACCCCACUGUCCGGAAGCAGGCAGCCAUGGAGGCGUGGACGCAGUGGAGACACGAGCACCCUGGCCAACUCGCCAAGGUCCUCGCAGAUCCCGACGGCUGGGCGUUGUACAAAGCCAUGGUGGAGUGUGCGGACAAGCGCAUCGAGGCGACUUACCAAGAGUGGAUGGCGAAGCGCGAUUCGGCGCCGACGUCCUGGGCCGUCUGGUCGCGAGCGCACCGCGGGCCGCUCAACGAAGUGUUGAAGGACCCGGUCGGCUGGGCGGCCUUCAAGGCCUUCAACGCCAAGAAGGGCAUCACUCUGCCGCAGACUUACGAAGAGUGGGUUCAACUGCCUGAGCAGCAGAAGGGGAUCGCCUCCUUCAGGUGGUCGUCCUGGCGCAAGGCGCACAAGGGGCCGUUGGCUGAGGUCCUCGCAGAUCCAGAGGGCUGGACGCUGUACGUCGCGAUGCUCGAGAAGGGCGGUCACGCCCGCCUCCCGGCUUCGUACGAGGAGUGGCUCGAGUCGUACCGCGCGGGCAAGAGCCCAGCGAGCAGCUCGGCGCAGUGGCGCCAGUGGCGCAAGGCUCACGAAGGUCCCCUCGAGGACGUCCUCAGGGAUCCGGAGGGCUGGAAGCUGUACGCUGCGCACAUGCAGCGUGGCGGACGUCGCGCGUUCCCGGCGGACUACGCGACCUGGGUCGCCAACCAGCGAGCCGAAGCCAAGUGGGCAGAGUGGCGCGCCGCCCACACCGGCCCGCUGCACCGGGAGUUGGCGGAUCCAGAGGGCUGGGAGCUCUUCCGCGUGCGCAGCUCGACGGGAGGCAACGCGGCUUUGCCGGCGACGUAUGCGGAGUGGCUGAAGCUUCCCGAGCAGCAGCCGCUGCUGGCUGCUGAGGUCUGGUCCACGUGGCGCCAGGCCCACCCGGGUCCGCUGGCUGAGGCGUUGCAGGCCGACCUGGCGACGGGCUGGGCGCUGUACCAAACCAUGGUGCGCGCGACGGGUGUGGAGGUGCCCGAGGCUUUUGCGACCUGGCUGCAGGACUACGGCAAAUAUGUGAAGGCGACUUGGCAGUCGUGGCGCGACAAGCACCGCGGGCCGCUCCGACGCGUGCUGGCGGAUCCGCUCGGCUGGGCGCUCUACAAGGCGAUGGUGGAGAGCUCCGGCGCCUCGCUCCAGGCGACCUUCGAGGAGUGGGCGGACAGCAAGGGCCCAUCGGGCAGCGGAUGGAUCAACUGGCGCCGGCAGCACAAGGGCCCGCUGCACGAAGUUCUGCGAGACGUGGAGGGGUGGAAUCUGUAUCGGGAGAACCUUCUGCGAAAGAACGCCUCCGUCGUGCCGCAAACCUACGAGGACUUCCUGAAGCAACCCGAGCAGCAGAAAGCAGCUGCGACGUCCAAGUGGUCGGCCUGGCGCCGCAUUCACAGAGGCCCCCUGGUGACGGUUCUGGCGGACAGCGAGGGCUGGGAGCUGUACGUGAACAUGAUGGAGAAGGCUGGUCAUAAGAUCAGCACAUCUUACGCCGAGUGGCGCUCGUCCGCGCAGAUCCACAGAGGGCGCGCCGCUCGCGAAUGGCGAGCGUGGCGGCGGCUGAACAAGGGCCCCCUUGCGACCGUCCUCGCGAAUCCCGAAGGCUGGAUGCUUUACAAAGCAUGGACAUCCGGCUCAAACAACCGGUUCUCCGCCGAGACGUACGAGGAGUGGUGCCUCCAGAAAGAGAAGGGACGCGAGUGGCGCGAGUGGCGAGCCAAGCACCCAGGCCAGCUGCGAACGGUUCUCGCGGACGCCGAGGGCUGGGAGCUCUUUAAGAAGUACAAUGAAGCUCGAAACCGUCCAGUGCCCGCCAGCUACAGUGAGUGGCUGGAGCAACCGCAGCAGCAGCAGCAAAUGGAUAAAGACGCGUGGCUCGCCUGGCGCGAAAACCAAGCGGGCAACCUCGCCGAGGUCCUCGCAGAUCCGGAGGGAUGGAAGCUGUUCCGCAAGAUGAAGGAAGCAGCUAAGGAACCCAUUCCGGCGUCCUACGCGGAGUGGCUCAAAUCUGAGAACGCAUCUGUCAAUGGUGUCUACAAGGCGUAA